AUGAAAGCCCCUGACGGCUUCAACACGACAGGAGCAGAUCUGGAGCUCCGAACCGUCCCCUCUCCCCAGGAUGGCUUCAACGAGAUCAUGCUGGAAGCCGUGGACCUUCACCAUCAUCAGAACAACGACGAGGAAUCCAGCCCGUUACUUCCCGAAGUGCGGCAGGAGCUACGUUCCAGAGUCUUGAGGUCCUCCGUCCUCGACCUGGAAGAGAAGGAGCACCCCGUGGUCCGGAAGACGGAGGAGAGCUUUUGUGACCGAGCCCUGAGGUUGUUCCGAAGGCUGCUUUACCAACUGCAGCUCAAGUGGCAGGCCGCACUGGCGUGGCUGAGGGAGAAGGUGGCCGCCGGCUUUCAGGCCUUCUGCAACGCAGUGGAGGCCAUCUGCAGCGCCUUUAACAGUUUCUGCACCUCAGUGGCUCAGGUGUUCAGGAGCGCCGUCCAGGCCUAGCCCAGCCCUCCCCGGCCGCUUUCCUUGUCCGGGUCCGGCCCGUCGCGCUGGCUGUGGCGUCCUAAUAAGAGUUGGCUGCGGGCGCCCGGGGGCUCGGUUGAGCGUCCGCCUUCGGCUCAGGUCAGGAUCUCACGGUUCAUGGGCAUGAGCCCCGAGCCCCGCCCCGUCGGGCUCUGUGCUGACAGCUCGGAGCCUGGAGCCUGCUUUGGAAUCUGUGACUCCCCGCCUCUCGCUGUCCCCUCCCCAGCUCCUGCUCUCUGUCUCUCAAAAAAUAAA